GUAGUUUCCAGGCCUUGGCACCAGGAAAUACACUCUCUAAUGUUGGGCUUGAUAAAACAAAAUUUUUACCCCCCCUUUCGAUAGUGUACGUCAGUUCUGAGUCUGACGCUCGCCGAGUGACCUAGCCCACGAUGGAGCUUCCAGGUGUGCCAAUUGUAUUCGUGUCGACAAAAGAACGCAUCGCUGUCAGAAUCUAGGAUACAAAAAAACAGAGGCCGGUUAGCAGCCUCGAGAUUGCGGGCUUAUACCCAAGACCUGUCAACGUUGCACAACACCGAACUCGGGCGUCGAAGCGUGACUACACCAGGGUUUGAGCAACGAAGGAAGAUCCUCGUCCUUCUUUAGCUUACAUGCUUGAUUUUGUCAUAGCUUUGUGGUUGCAAGAUUAUGUACAACGUUCCUCCUGCAGCGAAGGGACUCUCUUUCUCAGGCUGCUACCAUCCUUCAUUGUCAACUUUCAGCGGUAGUUGUCUCGGCUGAUAUCUACUGCCAUGGAGUUUUGCAGGAUGACCGGGAGAGUCAUGAACCGCACAGCCAUUAUAGCCCUUAUCUUCACCACAGCUGUUAUUCUGUAUCUACUCAAUACCCAUUCUACCGGCUACUUCUCCUCGACUACGGAAAUCGAAACAGGCACUCGAAGCUCAACAACAGACAUGCUCAGAUCCUUCUUGACGGGAAAUAUCAACAAUGAUACUACUGUCACGUCGCUGAAUAACAUUCUUCACGAUGUUCACAAUGAAACGCUGGGAUUCCAGGAAAUCUACGUCAUAAACCUCCCCGAGCGCAGUGAUAAAAAAGACUCGAUGAGCGUACAGGCCACUCUUACGAAUCUUUCCCUGACCUUUACUGAAGGCGUUCUCGGCACAACAGUGCCUGAAAAAGCUAGGCCUUUUGGGUUUGAGCAUCGGCUUCCCGCAGAAGUGGGAUGUUGGCGGUCACACAUGAAUAUCAUGCAGCACAUGGUGAGACGUCGUGUGCGCUCCGCGUUGAUCUUCGAGGACGAUGCAGAUUGGGAUGUUGCCAUCAAAUUUCAGAUGUCACAGGUCGCUCAGGGAUCGCGCUGGCUUCUCAACAACACGGAAGAAACAUCUUCGCACUCACCGUAUGGAGACGGCUGGGACGUCCUUUGGAUUGGGCACUGCGCUAUCAAAGAUGACCCUACAGACAAACGCCGCUGGGUCAUUCCCAAAGAUCUCACUGUUCCUCCUCCUGGACAGCGUUCUCUAACUGUGCAACAUGAACCUAACAUGACAACUUGGGAGUCUGGUCCAGAUGCCGACACUCAAACUCGCAUCCUCUUUACACCCAGUUUCGGCUACUGCAGUGCUGCCUGGGCAAUCUCUCUUGCAGGCGCAGAGAAAAUCAUCCACAGGCAAAGCAUGAGCCCGUUCACUGAGGCGGUCGACAACGGCGUCAGCAGUAUGUGCUCCAGCAGAAGCUCAGAACUAAGGUGCAUUGCUCCUUUUCCAGCAAUUGUCGGUGUGUCCAGAGCCGCGGGAAGCACCGACCGUGAUACAGAUAUCCAGACAAACAAGAAAAACAACCCCACUACGCGAAAGACUUCAAAGUCUGUCAGGGUGACGUUCUCUACCCGUCAGAAUAUCCAACGAUUAAUCGCGGGCGAAACCACAUUUCAAAGUUUGUAUCCUAACAUUACCGGGGACUUGCGAAGCCUUGAAGACAUUGGGAGCGCCGUAGGUCAUGGUGAAUUGCUUGAAUAGUAGCAGAAUCAAAAUAAUACUAUAUAAUAGGUUACAAGUAGUACUUGGGUACGUGUUGAAUCUUCGGGCUCUCAACUCUGCAACAAAGACCAUCCAUGCGACAACAGUUUGGAAGUAUCGUAUAUUUUUC